CAAGUCUUCGCCGUGUUUGACCUCCACUCCUCCGUUCCCCCUACCAAUACAGCGCCCCCUUCUUCCGCUGUUCUGAUUCCCCCCCCCCCUCUCUCUCUCUCUCAAUCCCUCAAAUAGCUACUCUCUUCAUUUUAUAAUCUAUACAUACACAUACUCUUCACUUCGUUCUCAUUCUUUCCCCCUACCAAAUCCUCCUUCUCUGCUUCCUUGCUCUUCAAUCUUCUUUCUCCUUUUCUGUUUCGAUUUGUUUUCUGCUGUUUUCCCCAUUUUGAUCUCGCCAAGCAGACCAGAAACCCGCCGAUAUGAGACGCGUUAACGGGGAUUAUCGACCCGUUAACAAUACUUUUGAUACUAUAAACGCUGCUGCCACUGCGAUCGCCGCCGCCGAUAAUCGCCUUCCUCGGCCAUCUGUCCAGAAGAAAAGAUGGGGAGGCUGCUUGGGCAUAUCUUUGUGUUUUGGAUUUUCGAAAAACCGAAAGCGAAUAGGGCAUGCUGCCCUUGUUCCUGAAACAACACCUCCAGCUGCUGCUGGUAGCGGCGGCGGUGCUCCUGCAACUACAGCUGCAAACUCAACCCAAACAACCAGUGUAGCACUUCCCUUCAUUGCACCUCCUUCAUCUCCUGCAUCUUUCCUUCAAUCAGAACCUCCUUCCGCAAUGCAGUCACCGGUUGGUACAGUAUCAUUCACUCCCGUAUCUGCUAGUAUGUACUCUCCAAGUGGCCCUGCCUCUAUAUUUGCAAUUGGCCCUUAUGCCCAUGAAACCCAAUUAGUUUCACCUCCUGUUUUCUCCACCUUUACCACUGAACCAUCAACUGCUCCUUUGACUCCACCGCCUGAGUCUGUCCACUUGACUACACCUUCUUCGCCGGAGGUGCCAUUCGCUCGGCUGCUUGACCCUAACCUCAGGAAUGGUGAGACUUUCCAGAAGUUCCAAAUAUCUAACUAUGACUUCCACUCUUAUCAGCUUCAUCCUGGUAGCCCAAUUGGUCAGCUCAUAUCUCCAAGAUCUGGCAUCUCAGCUUCUGGCACCUCAUCUCCUUUCCCUGAUUCUGAAUUAACUGCAGCUGGCAGGCAUACCCUUGACUUCCAGACAGGAGACCCUUCCAAGCUUCUAAAUUAUGAUAAAUUUUCCACUUCUGAAAACCAGAGAUCAUAUCAGGGUUCUGGAUCUCUAACCCCAGAUGCUGCAAAGUCCACAACUCAAGAUAGUUCCCUUGCACAUCAUCAGGUUUCUGAGAAGAGAAUGUCCCCAGGCAUCCCAAAUCGAAGCAGUAAUCGUCUGAAUGUAAACCAUAGAGUCUCAUUUGAAUUAGCUGCUCAAGAAUUAUUGAGAUGCUUCGAGAACAAACCAGUGGUAUUAGCUAGAGCAGUACCGAAAUCGAAAAAUGAUGCGGCAAGAGAAGAGAAAGAUGAGAAUUCAAGAGAAACUGGGAGUGAUGACAAAAUCCUUGUUGCUGAAACUGCUGAUGAUGCGCAGGGGAAAAUCACAGGGAAUGGAGACGAGGACGUGGUUAAUCAGAAUCCUCCAUCCGUAACCCUUUCUUCUGCCAAGGAAUUCAAUUUUGACAAUGCAGACGGAGGGGAUUCUCAUGCACCCAAUUUAGUCGCAGAUUGGUGGGCCAAUGAGAAAGUUAUGGGAAAGGAGGGAGAACCCUCCAAGAAUUGGUCUUUCUUCCCAAUGAUUCAACCUGGUGUGAGCUAACCAACAAGAACACACACAUUAAAUCUGGCAUAGUGUUUUAGUUUCGCUGCCUUGCUGCGUGGCCGCAGCCAACACCUACUAAGAUGAAUCAUAGGCCACUAAUUGCUUUUAGCUGGGAAGUCUAACACAAGAAUGAUGGGGCUCUUUUUUGAACAUCGUGGCCCCUGAAGAGGUAAGAUAGUUUCAGAUGGAUCAUGUUAGUUCAGAGUUCUUUCCUAAUCUGGGUUAGAAAUGCUUAUCCUUUCCACAUUGUAUUAUAAUGGACAGUGUGGCAGUGAUUAUAAAUAAUGAAAAUCGAUGAUCAUGAUCAUUUUGACUAUGACGUGAACACGCAAAUGUAUGUAUCUGGGUUUGGUUCUCUCUGCACCGAUUUUGUGGCAGAGCUCUCAGUGAUUGGGUGGAUUUGAUCAACGUUCAUGAAGCUUUGCCAUUCAGCUGGGGGCGGCAACUAAAUCAAGCUCAAAGAUUUCGCAUUAAACAUACUAUUACUCUAUUAUAAGUGGUUAUUAUAGUAUGCCCGCCUGAUCCAUCAAGCAUUGGAUUUCCUUGGCGCCGAAAAUAGUCCAACGGGGCCGACUUCCUGUAUAGAAAUGGUGGUUUGUGCCUUCAUGGUUGUACCCCUCUGCCUCGAGGUACAGAGUCCCACGUGUUGAUUUCUGCCCUCGUGCUGCUUCAGUCUUUCAGAUUAAUUAAUGAAUGUUCAAUCUGC